CUGCGCGUCCUGGCCUGUCAGUAGAAGCCAGAUGGAAACGUAGGCAAUGAAUUUGGUGAGGUCACGUAUUUUUAAGCCGCACAACGGAAUAAAUCACCUCUCGACGGCGGCUUGAACGAACGGUCCGCCGCUCCGGAGCAGUUCACGCGCUCAUCCGGACCCGCUGCAGGAUCGAUACGUUGAUGAUUUGGUGACAAGAGAGGAUUUUUUUGGAUGCACAGAAAGCACUAAUUGAAGAUUUCGCCAUGAACAAAAACAAGAAAGAGAAGGAGUUCUACAGCCUAGAUGUUGGGGAUUCAACAUUCACCGUCCUGAAGCGAUACCAGAAUCUGCGGCCCAUCGGCUCAGGAGCGCAGGGAAUCGUGUGCUCUGCUUAUGACCAGGUCCUCGAGAGAAAUGUCGCCAUCAAGAAACUGAGUCGGCCAUUUCAGAAUCAAACCCACGCCAAGCGGGCAUUCAGAGAGCUAGUCCUAAUGAAAUGUGUCAAUCACAAAAAUAUUAUCGGCCUGUUAAAUGUUUUCACGCCACAGAAGUCACUAGAAGAAUUCCAAGAUGUGUAUUUGGUGAUGGAGCUGAUGGAUGCCAACCUGUGCCAGGUCAUUCAGAUGGAGCUGGAUCACGAGCGGCUGUCCUACCUGCUCUAUCAGAUGCUGUGUGGCAUCAAACACCUGCACGCGGCGGGCAUCAUUCACAGGGAUCUGAAACCCAGUAAUAUAGUCGUCAAGUCUGAUUGUACUCUGAAGAUUCUGGACUUCGGCUUGGCCCGGACAGCAGCCACCGGCCUCCUCAUGACGCCGUAUGUGGUUACGCGCUACUACAGAGCUCCGGAGGUUAUCCUGGGCAUGGGCUACCAGGCCAACGUGGACAUAUGGUCUGUGGGCUGCAUACUGGCGGAAAUGGUUCGCCAUAAAAUCCUCUUUCCAGGAAGGGACUAUAUCGACCAGUGGAACAAGGUAAUUGAGCAGUUAGGUACUCCAUCUCAGGAUUUUCUAAUGAAGCUGAACCAGUCGGUUCGGACUUACGUAGAAAACAGACCUCGCUACGCCGGAUACAGCUUUGAGAAGCUCUUCCCGGAUGUGCUCUUCCCCGCAGACUCCGAUCACAACAAGCUGAAAGCGAGCCAGGCCAGAGAUCUUUUAUCCAAGAUGCUGGUGAUUGAUGCCUCCAAGCGCAUCUCUGUAGACGAGGCUCUGCAGCAUCCCUACAUUAAUGUUUGGUACGAUCCAGCUGAAGUGGAAGCGCCGCCUCCAAAGAUGCUGGACAAACAGCUGGAUGAGAGGGAGCACACUGUGGAGGAAUGGAAAGAGUUAAUCUAUAAGGAAGUGAGUGAAUGGGAGGAAUGGACGAAGAAUGGAGUGAUACGAGGACAGCCAGCACCUUUAGGUGCAGCAGUGAUCGACAGCCCUCCUCAGCCCACCUCUUCCUCCUCCUCGGCCAACGACGUCUCAUCCAUGUCCACAGAGCCCACGGACCCCAGCAGCGACCCCACCAUGACCUCUGAAACAGACAGCAGCCUGGACAGCCACACCUCCCUGGGCGCGCUGGCCUGCUGCAGAUAACGUACACAUGCACUCAAACAUGAUUCGAACCCCUUCGGCUCAGAAGAGGGUUUUUUU